UAAAAAUCCAUCUAACCCUCGAAAGGAAAAGAAAAAAAAGCAGUUAAAAUGGUCUUCCGCUUUGCUAAAACCCUCGACCCCAUAACCCUCUUCCACAGUCCCAGCACGCCGGCGUCGCAAAAUGCUCUGAAAACGCUACAACGGGCACUCGCCGCCGCCGAAGCGGGCGAACCGCAGACGACCAAACGGGGCGAGUUCCAAUUGGAAGUGACGACGGAGACGCCGACGACAGAUCAGCUGCGGAAUAUCCUGGACUAUGUGACGGCGGAUCCGGCGGGGGCGGGGAGUAAUCGGAUUGUGUAUGGGGUUGAGCAGGUGGUGAAAGGGGCGAGGGAUGCGGAGGAUGCGGUGAAGAGGUUUAAGGAGAAUGGGGGGCAGGGGCUGGUUAGGCCUAUUACGGUGGAUUGGACGAAUGGACGGGCUGUGCUUGGGGAUAAUGAGUCGGAGAUUUUGAAGAUGGUGCAUCAAUUGGAUGUUGAUUAGAUUUCUAUUCUUCCUUCGUUAGGAGGGAUUUCUUGGCUACAAUGUCCCUGGGACGACUUGGCUUUGAAAAUCUUGAUUUCGUUUAUCAGUCUAAGAUACC